GCAGAGGUGCCAUAGACACGCGUCUCUUAUCGGCGUGUAGAAUCUCGCGAGACUUCAAAGAGGAGGCAGAGGUGGGCGUGGCCAGCUGGACCUCGCGUGGACGGGAUGUGAGACGGUCAGAGAACGGGCUGGUUGUGACGUCACCAGUGUUCCUGAAAGUCAACAACCUUCUCGGCGGCGCGCGAGAGCGGACAGAAGGCACGGCGACGGCUGGCGGGGGGUCGCGGCACCAUCGCGCUCUGCUUUGGCUGAGUCACUGCUGAAGAGUGGGAAGGUCUGAAGAGUGUGAGAGAGAAGCGCCAGAAGGAGGGGUAUAGCCUGCUCCAUAACAGCUUCCACAGAGAGAGAGGGAGAAAGAGAGAGACGACAAGCAAAGCGACAAAGAGAGAGAGAGAGAGCGAGAGAGGGAGAGCACCAGGCAGAGCGGGAGAGAGACGCUGACCCCUCCUCUCCCCUCUUCCUCUCCUCUCCUUCUUUCCUCCCUCCCCCCUCCCCCCCUCCCACCUCACUCGUUCUGGAGCUGGCGUGUUGGAGUGGAGAGCACACCGUGACGGAGGCAUCAUGAGCGAUGUCACCAUCGUCAAAGAAGGCUGGGUGCAAAAGAGGGGUGAAUAUAUCAAGAAUUGGAGACCACGAUACUUUCUACUAAAAACCGACGGAUCCUUCAUUGGGUACAAGGAGAAGCCACAGGAUGCAGACCUCCCCUACCCCCUCAAUAACUUCUCUGUUGCUAAAUGCCAGCUGAUGAAAACCGAACGGCCAAAGCCCAACACCUUCAUUAUCAGAUGUCUACAAUGGACCACAGUUAUUGAAAGGACCUUCCAUGUGGACACUCCAGAGGAAAGGGAUGAGUGGACAGAAGCGAUCCAGAUGGUGGCUGAUAAACUCCAAAGCCAGGAAGAGGAGCGCAUCCAGUGCAGUCCCACCUCACAGAUAGACAACAUCGGCGAGGAGGAGAUGGACAUCUCCAUCAGUCACCACAAACGCAAGACGAUGAAUGACUUUGACUAUUUAAAACUACUGGGAAAAGGCACUUUUGGUAAAGUCAUUCUUGUAAGGGAGAAGGCCAGUGGGAAGUACUACGCAAUGAAGAUUUUGAAAAAAGAAGUUAUUAUCGCAAAGGACGAAGUGGCUCACACGCUCACCGAGAGCCGAGUGCUGAAAAACACCCGACACCCCUUCUUAACUUCUUUGAAGUACUCAUUCCAGACAAAAGACCGCCUCUGCUUCGUGAUGGAAUACGUCAACGGAGGAGAGCUGUUUUUCCAUUUGUCGAGAGAACGGGUGUUCUCAGAGGACCGCACGCGCUUCUACGGCGGCGAGAUUGUCUCUGCCCUCGACUACCUGCACUCCACCAAGAUAGUGUACCGGGAUCUCAAGCUGGAGAAUCUCAUGCUUGACAAAGAUGGCCACAUUAAAAUCACAGACUUCGGUCUGUGUAAAGAAGGAAUCACCGAUGCUGCUACUAUGAAGACGUUCUGCGGUACACCAGAGUACCUGGCACCUGAGGUGCUAGAGGAUAACGAUUAUGGCCGGGCAGUAGACUGGUGGGGUUUGGGUGUGGUGAUGUAUGAGAUGAUGUGUGGCAGGUUACCCUUCUACAAUCAGGACCAUGAGAAGCUUUUCGAGCUCAUCCUUAUGGAGGACAUCAAGUUCCCCCGGACGCUGUCGGCCGACGCCAAGUCUCUGCUGUCGGGCCUGCUCAUCAAAGACCCGAACAAGAGACUCGGCGGAGGUCCAGACGACGCUAAAGAAAUAAUGCGACACAGUUUCUUCGCUGCAGUUGACUGGCAAGAUGUUUAUGAUAAAAAGCUGAUACCUCCCUUCAAGCCUCAGGUGUCGUCAGAGACGGAUACCAGAUAUUUUGACGAGGAGUUCACGGCACAGACGAUUACAAUAACUCCCCCUGAAAAAUUUGAUGAAGACGGGAUGGACUGCAUGGAUAACGAGCGGCGGCCACAUUUCCCUCAGUUCUCCUACUCGGCCAGUGGGAGAGAGUGAACCCUACACAGCCAGCACUGCCUCUUCAUCACCAUCAUCAUCAUCACCAUCAUCAUCAUCAUCACCAUCACACUGACCACAGGAGCAGAAUAGUCCUACAGCUUUUACCCAGUCAGACUUAGCCCAAACAAUGCUCCCCUUCUCCACUGGGACUCUACACUCAUCAUCCUCUACACAGGCCAAGAGCUCCAGGACACGCUUGGAUUUUAAUGGUAACAGGAAUUUUGCACGUCGGGCUGAGCUGAAGUCCAGUCCGCUGAAACGCCCCAGGCUGCUGGGGAGAAGAACUGUUGUUUGUUUACUUUUUUUGUGUGUUUAUUUUCUGUACGAGUGUGUUUUAUUUCUGCACCGAGAUGCUUAAAUAUGUUCACACUCCUCCUUCAUUGGGCGCAAAAGCACUUAAGCUGCAGAGCACCUUUUCAUCUUGGGUCCAUCCCUGUGUGGCUUGAGAUUCACACACGUAAGCGCUGCGUGUUGUGUGACGUCUGAUACGAAGUACAACCGAAUGCCUCUGUUCUUUUUUUUUUUUUUUUUUUUCUUUGUGUGUGUGUCCAAAACUGCCAUAACAGUAUACUCAGGCUGCACAAGUGUUGAGUUCAGUAAACAAGCUUCACUAAUAGUCGCUCACUGAUCCUAGGCCACUCGCACCACUGGCACUCACGCUAGCGUACAAAAUCAGCACUGCGACACACAACCUCCAGUAACGUAUGUCAGCAUCUGCUGUGUUCAAAUGCUCAGCUAGCAUUUCUCUCUCACUGUGGAACUGCAGUACUUUGCUUUCUUUUACCUACUCAGCAAACGGGUUGAUGGGGAUAAGAAAGGGGAAGACGGAACAGGGGAAGAGUGUGUGUGUGUGUGUGCGCGCGCGCAUUCUUUCUGUUCUUGAUGUUUUGAGCUGAACAGUUCUGUAAAUCUGAGCCAUACAGCACUGUACCUCCUGAUACUUUAUCUGUUCGGCUCAGAAAAGCCUCGAGUCUCGACGACAGUCUGAUCCAGCCUGUACGGUGUUGACCACUUUCCGAAGAUUAGCUCGCAGCUCGUUCCCUUUUCUGUCAUUCCCUUUUCCUCCUGAUGGUGAAAUGACAGAGGAGUAAGAGUGGAGGGAAUGAAGGAAUUGCAUUCACUACAGCAGCUCUAAGCGACGCCGUCAGGAACUCCUAACACGACUGAUAUAAACAACAAACGUUCUCUUCCACUGAUAUAAAGUACAAACCCACUGCGAGCUCAGUGCAGUUGGCUGUAAUCGGUGAAGCUCACAUCACCUGACGGAGUACCGAGUGUUUGUAUCUGUAUUUGUGUGUUAGGUUAGAGAAUGUAGUUAAAUAAAAUGAUCCUAUUUAUUUUUUUUUCCUGAUUUGUGUUACUUCUAACGAGUGCUGUCAGGAAUUGGACACAAACGCACCUAAAAUGGCUUCAGAAUGUAAAUCAGGCAAAGCAAACAUUUUGUUUUUCUAUUUAAGUUUUUUUUUAUUUUGUUAUUUUGAACAAGUUACGGUGAAGACGACAUUUUCAGGAGCCUCUUCACUUCUUCAGCAUUGCUUGUUUGUUUGCACAGAGACUUUCUGUGUUGUGUCUGUAUUGCUGCACAACCUGGUGACCACAAAUACCACUGCAGAAGAUAAAGAACGCAGCUUAAGCACUGAGCAGCCUGAAACUAGUGAUAGUCAGAACACAGAGCUUGCUUAAGUUCCCCCACGUGGCCAGUGCUCUCUUUUUGUUCUAGCUCUCGUCUCCUGUCGGUUGCUGUUAAUUAAGCAGGUGAGGUGAGAUUGGGAAUCAGCCGGAGAUUGGUAAAGCAGCCCAUAAAGAGUUGUGCAGAAGGCGGUCAUGUGAUCUAUGAUCAGCAGCAGCAGCAGCUAUGAGCCUAAUGUACAGUUUGGUGUGACGUGUGAGAAAUUCAGAUGUCAGUACACACGAGUGAUGUCAGGUGUGAAGACGUGAUGGACGUCGGAGAGCUGUAACUCUCUGAGUUGGUCAGACCAAAAAUCUAAGUGUUUUAUGUCUUUCUGAGUGUUUUGUGUUUAAAAUCUAUACUACAUUCCAUGAUCCUUGUCAGUUUAAGUGUUUCCUGUCUGUGUCUCCGUUUUAUUUCAAGAGAAGAUGGUGGUACGUUUUUCGGUGAGUCUUUGAACUUAACUUGCAUGUUGUGAAACUGAUGGUUCAGACGGAUCGGUGUGUGUGUGUGUGUGUGUGUGUGUGUGUGUGUGUAUAUAUAUAUGCACAUGAUGUACAGCAGGUCACCUUGCCGUGUCACAGCUCCACAUUACUGGGUUUAGUGUUUUUGUCGUGUUCCUUAUAGUUCACAGCUUUCUUUAAACAUGACAGGAGGCGGACUGACUGCUCUAUAUUGCCCUUAGGUGUGAAUGUGUGUGUCUGGAGUUUCUUCCAGCAUCACACCCGGUGCUCCGGCUCCAGAUUGACCGCGAUGCUGAUAAGGAUAAAGUGAUUACUGGCAUUAAGAAGCCCAGCAGUGGUUAAGUGUAAAGAGUUUGAAGUGAACGAGAGGUCGGUGUGGGUUCACUGUUUAUGAUCUGGUACGAUGCGAAGGACAUUGAGGAUGAUGAUGAUGGUGUAAAGGAUAAAACAUGUUAUGAGGAAGAGGACAUUGCUGUGUCGGAUUUGACCGCCACUCCUCUGUAUUAGAAGAUUAAGACAUGUCGAUGCAGGUUUACAGUAAACGUGUGUGUGUGUGUGUGUGACUGCUAUAUUGAUGUCACGUUUCUUUGCUGUUGAGAGAAAAGGACAGAGGAGAUAAUCUGGUAAUAAUUGCAGUGACUGCACUGCUACUGAGCAUGAACUGGUUGCCUUUGUUGGUGGUGGUGAAAGUUGUUCCUGAGCUACUGCAAACCACAAGAGCUUCUGUCUUCCAACCUUCUGCUUUCUUUUCCUUUCUUUUCCCUCAUGACGCUACCUAGUGCGAGGUGAACGGGGUUAUACUCCUGCUUGUUCACGCCUACUUUCGGUUCAUUUUUUCAACUCGAAAAUUGUUCCACGUUUUGUUUGUUUUGUUUUGUUGUCUGACGUCAGUGUUUUUUUUUUCUUGUCCGAGGGGUGUGUGAUUGUGUGUCAGUAGCUGAUCGCUCUACUGAAACAAGGCCUUUGGCACUGCAGGCCGAAAACACAAUACACUUUUUAAAAAUCCAUAGUCACAAAACAUGGCUUUAAAUUAUGUCUAACAGCACUUUCAUGUCCAUUUCUCUUUUUCUAUAGUUCAGCUAAUAACAAAAUAAAAGGUCCCUGCUUUAGGAAGAAAAAAAAAAGGACUUGAAAGCACACAUUCCCUUCACACACUCCUUGUCUUGUUUUUUUUUUUAUUUUUUAAAAAGAGAAAUGUACUUUUGCUUUGUAAAGCAUUACGCUGUGAAUGUGGUGAGACACUGCCAGGAGUUUCUGCUUCGGUGACAUUCAGACAGGCCGACUUUUCCGGCUCGCCCUCCCUCUUUGUGGGAAAAGUCAGACCUGACCAGUGACACCGCCUCAAACUGUUACCGUCGGCGCUCAACUGGGGGAUGAGUAGAAGAAGCGCAAGGAGCUGUGCUUAAACACAGAGGUCCGGUACAUAACGUCACACAGGCUCUGAUUCUUAGGCUGCAAAAGAGCUCCAGCACAGAUCCGGUGACCUGCUCCCUCACUGUAGAGGGAAAGACAGAGUAGUGUGAACUAGUGUGAGUGAAGGACACACACACACACACACACACACACACAUAGAGUCCUGGCCAUGUGAGCUGAUGGGGUCCAUCCUUACUUACUGCAGGGUCUCGAAGAAAUCUUUUACACCUCAACGUACACACUUUGCUGCUACUGUUUGUAUUGUCCACAACAUUAAUUUCUUGUUCUCUGGCUCCUGGUAGUGUAUUAUGAACAAGCAUGAAUUGUAAAGUAUUUAUUUAAAAACAAAAAAGAGAAAACUUUGAAAAAAGAGCAAAAAAACAACAACAAAAAAAUACAACUUAAAAAAAAAAAGAGAGAGAACUUGUAAUUGAUUUUACAGCCAUGUAGCUUUAGAGUCCGUGACACUUCUUGCCCUUGCUAGCUCUGUCAUUAGAUCCAUGUUCAGAUCUAGACAUGUGGUUCCGAUUUUUUUUAUGCAGGAGGGACUUAAAAAAAAUAAAAUAAAAGCAGCAAGCGAAAGACCAACUGUAUUAAUGGUUGUGAUUAUUUAAUGACUAAAAGAGAAUGCUUAUUUCAUGACUAUAUGGCCCACAAGGAUGUAAAAAAAAAUGCUGAUCUAUGAGAAACCUUUUUUGUACACUGAACAUCCUUAGUAUUUUUACAUGUAAAUGUAUAUGAUAGGGAUGCACAUUAUUUUCCUUCUUACAGACUGCUUAAAUAAAACACUAUGUCAAUCUGCGCUCA